AUGAAUGAGCGCAUUAAUAUGACAGAGAAACAUUUACUGGAAAUAUGUGCUUCCUUUGCAGCUUGCACCAGAAAAAUAGCGAAAUGCCGCAAUGCCUUCGACGAUUUGGGGCACAAAGUUCAGAAUUUCGCCGAAGAGGAGAAGAUCAAUUAUAGCUUAAGUGAUGGCCUAAACUCCAUUACCACUUCAUUAACUGUACAAGCGGAUUAUAUGGAUUUGCUGGUGCAUCGUUUGGAAAUGAAGAUAGUCAAUGAAUUGAGUCAAUUCGAAAAUCUUUGUAAAACCACACGAGAUAAUUUGCGCGCAGCAACGAUUGCACGUGACAAGGAGGUUUUGAAGCAACAGCAAUUAAUUGAAAUCAAAUCGAAAUUUACAGCAAAUAAUACGGCUGCUGAUUCAGAAUUGCUGAAAGCCAAAUUGGAAGUGAACCGCUGCAACAAAGAAAUUGAUGAUAUUAUCAAUACCUUUGAAAAGCGAAAACUGUCAGAGAUCAGGUCUUUGCUAACCGAUUUCAUAUUAAUUAGUCUAAAAUACCAUACGAAAACAUUGGAAGUGCUUUCGGCCAGUUAUUAUGAUGUUUCGAAUAUUGAUGAAAAUGGUGAUUUUAAUGAAUUUCAAAAAUUAAUGAAAACUAAAGGCGAACCUACUGGACGAAAACAGGCACUCAAGAAGGGAAUGCGGUCACAAUCGAUGGAUAGCUUAGAUCACGAUACACUUUUAAGUCCCUUAAAGCAUGCUAAAAAAAUUUCACGUAGUAAUAAAAGUUUAACGGGCAAAACCGAUGAUGAGCGCGACAAUACGAGAGAUGUCGAUGAAGAAGAGGACGAAGAUGAUGAUGAUGAUGCGGAGGAGGCAUCGGGUGAUAAUACAAAUGACGAGGAGGAACACUCGGGUACUGCCUCCGAUGAUGAUGAGCCCACAGAGAGUAUUUCAGAAGCGAAACCAGCAACGCUUGCAAAUAAAAUUAAUGAGAAAAAAACAAAGGAACCAACAAAACAGCCAUUUCGCGCUAUAUCCUCGGCGAACGUCGGCAAGUCACAAAGUCAACACAAGCCUUUCGCUGCU